UCAACACUGUUCUACUAUAACUUUAACUACCUCCUAUCGCUAUCUUGACAAAACCCAUAAUUCUAACCAAGAAAAUGAGAGCAGUUUAGCCCUGUGAACAGUCAGAGUGUGUGAUCAUUUAUGAGACAUGUCUGCUUCUGUGUUUUGUUCUUUGAGAAAACUGAAACAUGGUUAGUUUCCCAAGCUGUAAGGAAAAGAUAGGAGUGGACCACCAGGCAAAGGAGUUAUUAAAGGUGAAGUGAAUGGUUGAGAAGUUGAGAGUGACAAUUAAGUGAAUGUGUUUUUUUUUGCUUUGAUUGGUUGGACGUAAACCAACUCCCAGGCAUCAUCUGUUUCCAGAUGAAAUAUCAACAAAGUUAAAACUAUCAUAUGUUUUCAUGUGAUUAUAGUUGAAUGUUUAGUUGGCAUGCCAUGAAAUUCUAGACAAAAGAAAGCAGUUAAUGAAGGGUUUUCCUUCUUCUUGGAAGUUGCGAUACACUUCGAAAAAAGGGGAAAAAGGUGAGUAAGGGAAGAACAUGGAGCCAACAAAGCAGAAGUUUUUGGAGAGAGUGGUUUCCCAGAGAGCUUUACAAAUGGGCAGUUCAUUUCCGUGCCAAAUUUGUGUGGUGGGUUUCCUCUGUGGAGUUUGUCUGACAUCUUUGUUCCUGGCUGCUCUUACUUCACUUGGUACUUCUGGGUUUGGUGGGAUUUCAUUUGCAUCCAUAUCAAUGGGAAUUUCUCCAUUGAAUUCAAGUUCAGAGAUAAUCAAUGUUGUUACUAGAACAGACUGCAAAUUUAAACUAAAAGAAACAGAGAAAUGGGUGGAUUCCCAGCAAAGGGGAACAGAGAGCGAUGAUGAGAGAGUUUCUUUACUGAUUGAAGCUUGGGGUGCUUUACUAACUGAUAAGGCGGAUGCAGAAAGCGAGUUCUUGCAAAGGUUUGGACUCAGUACAUCCAGUAUACCAAAUGCCCCUCAUUUAGAUAACUGCAAAUUAAGGGCUCGGGUGAAUAAGCGUCUUGACACACUUGCUGGAGCUGAGAGAUUUCCUCCAUGGACAACUUGGAAGGGUUCAUUAGACAUGUUUCCAGCAACUGCAGCUAAUGAGCAAAUUAGGCACUUCAGGCAUCAAGCCAUAUCUGAAGGUGCUUAUCCUCCAUGGAUUGUGGGAUCAGAUGAAGAAAACUAUCCUCUUACCAGGAAAGUACAGCGUGACAUUUGGAUCCAUCAGCAUCCAGUAAACUGCCGUGAUCCUAGUGUAAAAUUUCUUGUCGCUGACUGGGAAACAUUACCUGGCUUUGGCGUUGGGGCGCAGUUUGCUAGUAUGUGUGGGCUUCUUGCUAUCGCAAUCAACGAGAAAAGGGUGCUUGUUACCAACUACUACAAUCGUGCUGACCACGAUGGUUGUAAAGGAUCAUCGCGCUCUAGUUGGUCUUGCUACUUCUUCCCAGAGACAUCCCAGGAAUGCAGAGACCGUGCAUUUGAGCUUAUGCAAAGCAAGGAGGCAUGGGAAAAGGGAAUUAUAAAAGGAAAAGAAAAUUACAAUUCAAAGGAAAUAUGGACAGGGAGGAUUCCAAGGGCAUGGGGUGAUCCUUGGAGUUAUUUGCAGCCUACAACGGAGAUAAAUGGGACUUUAAUUGCUGUUCACCGUAAAAUGGAUCGAAGGUGGUGGAGAGCACAGGCUGUUCGCUACCUAAUGAGAUUUCAAACAGAGUACACCUGUGGCUUAUUGAACAUUGCUCGCCAUGCUGCAUUUGGGAAGGAAGCUGCAAAAAUGGUUCUUGCAACUAUUGACAGAGAGUGGCCAAAGGUGAUUGCGAACAAGCCAAAGUCAGAUAUUGAAGAAUUUGUAUGGUCAAAUCACAAACCUUGGGUCCCCAGGCCAUUGCUAAGUAUGCAUGUAAGAAUGGGAGACAAGGCAUGUGAAAUGAAAGUGGUCGAAUUUGAAGGAUACAUGGAACUUGCUGACCGUAUCCGAAAGCGCUUUCCACAUCUCAACAACAUUUGGCUCUCCACAGAAAUGCAGGAAGUGAUCGAUAAAACAAAAUCAUACCCUCAUUGGAACUUCUACUACACAAAUGUGACACGCCAAGUGAGAAACAUAGCAAUGGCUACAUACGAGGCUAGUCUUGGAAGGAAAACCAGCACAAACUAUCCUCUGGUUAAUUUCUUGAUGGCAGUGGAAUCAGACUUUUUUAUUGGAGCAUUGGGAUCGACAUGGUGCUUUCUCAUAGAUGGCAUGAGGAACACCGGAGGAAAAGUAAUGGCCGGAUAUUUAAGCGUCAAUAAGGAUAGGUUCUGGUAGGAAAAUCUGAGAACCAGAGAUUAGAUAGGCAUGUAUAUCAGAUCCAUUUACAGCAAUUAUUUUUGUUUGUACAUACCCAUUUGUAUACGUAUUACCAAUGCAAUAUGUAGAUAUAGUGGCUAUCAUUUCCCGUAAAAUUUUGGUACAAAGUUCCAUGCAUUGGGUCUUCUUGAGACGAGGUA